AUGGAGAAACGCGGACGAGGAGAAUCAGAGGCAAUUGCUUCGCUCUCACGUUCUAUUAGUCCGCCUAGAAAACGCCAGCGUCAGCUGACCAUUGUUAAAUCUCCUUGGCAGCUCACUUGGAUACGAGACUUGCCCGAUUCAGAAAACAAAGAUGCUAUGACUCUGAAUGACCUUCUAGGAGAUCCGCUAAUCUCCGAAUGUUGGCAGUUUAACUAUCUCCAUGACUUGGACUUUGUUAUGAAUGCCUUUGACCCUGAUACUCGGCAUCUUGUUAAAGUCAAUAUUGUUCAUGGAUUUUGGAAGCGCGAAGAUGCAAAUCGGCUCCGUAUCCUGGAACAAGCAAGCCGGUUCCCCAAUGUAAGCCUGCAUGUGGCUCCUAUGCCAGAAGCAUUUGGAACACAUCAUUCCAAAAUGAUGAUCUUGUUCCGCCAUGAUGAGACAGCCCAAGUUAUCAUACACACAGCAAACAUGAUUGAAAAAGACUGGACAAACAUGACCAACGGCGUAUGGAAGACACCUCUUCUACCGCCAAUAAAUCCCCACAAAGUUUUACCAGGUCCAAAAACAGAAGUAGGGGAUGGAAGGCAGUUCCAGCAUGAUUUACUUCGCUAUCUCCGAUGCUACAAUGCAAGAAACGCAUUCUGUAUUCCCUUAAUUGACCGGCUGGCCAGCCACGAUUUCGGCGCUGUGCAGGGAAUUCUGAUAGCCAGCGUACCUGGUAGGCAUGAUUUGGAGGAUGCUAAUGCAAGAUGGGGAUGGAAUGCCUUACAAAAGUCGUUGAUACAGCUACCCAAAAAGGAGUCUCAAUGUACCAUUGCAGUACAAGUAUCUUCGAUAGCCACAUUGGGAGCAACAGAUGGGUGGCUUCGGAAUACGUUGUUUAAAUCUUUGUCUGGAUCUACCAGCUCUGAAUUGUGCAAAUUUCAGAUCGUGUUUCCGACUGCAGACGAGAUCCGUCGCAGUCUUGACGGAUAUGCAUCUGGCGCGUCGAUCCAUACGAAAGUUCAAUCGAAACAGCAGGCAUCCCAACUUCAAUAUUUGAAGCCACUUCUUCACCACUGGGCAAAUGAUUCCCUCGACGGACAAGAUCUUUCUAUCGGUGCGCCAAAAUUCGCCGGAGGUCGAGAUAGAGCCGCACCGCAUAUAAAAACUUACAUAAGAUACAACGAGGCCGGUAACAUCGACUGGGCCCUGCUUACAUCCGCAAACAUGUCUAAACAAGCUUGGGGCGAGGCGGUAAACUCAGCAGGAGAUAUGCGAGUUGCGUCGUGGGAGAUUGGCGUUCUUAUGUGGCCAGAGCUCUAUGAAAACAACUGCGUCAUGAAGGGUACAUUUCGUACCGAUAGCCCGGAGGAGUCUGAUACUGACACCACUGAACUCCAUCGGGUAGGCUUGCGUGUUCCAUACAGCCUACCACUCCAACGGUAUGGUUCUAGCGAAAUUCCGUGGGUAGCCACUGUGUCCCACCCAACUCCCGACUGUUUUGGAAGGCAAUGGAUAGUUGAUUAA